AUGCACAUCUGGAGCAGCAUCGCCAGGCUAUUUCAGCGCCGCAGCCUCCAGCUCGCUCCGCUCACGCUUGCCUACGCAGGACCCGAUUCUCGCGAGCUGCAACAGGUGGAUCUGUUCCCUGCCGAGCCAGUGAGCCCAGCUCAUGCGAGCGCGAGCUCAAGUCGCAGUGUGGAUGGCACGGCAGGCGAGGUAGGGGCACCGCCACCGCCGCCAUUGUUGAUCUUCAUUCAUGGAGGUGCUUGGCGCAGCGGAGACAAGUCAGAUCACUACAGCAUGGCGCGCUACCUGUCCAAACGUGGUGUGUCUGUAGCGCUGGUCAAUUAUCGUCUUUCUACGGCAACAGGAGGACAGGUAUUGCAUCCAGCGCACGCACAGGAUGCGUUCAGAGCUGUAGAAUUUCUGCUCGUCGAGGAUCCCAAGCAUCCACCAGAGGAAUGGCGAAAGACUUUUGAUGCGUCGAGAACUGUGCUGGUUGGCCACAGCGUCGGAGCGCACAUGGUGGCAGCGAUGAGCUUGAAUGCCGGAAGCAAAAGCACGACGUCUGAAGCGGACGCAGUUGCGCCCAUGCCAAGCCUAGGCAGACAGGCUCGCAGGCGGAUCAGGGCAUGGGUAGGCGUGGUGAGUGGGCGGAGGAGCGGCACCUUGUUGUGGUCGGCGCAUGCACAACACCUGACUCGCCUGCGCUCUUCUCCUUGCUCAGUCUGGCAUAUACUCCAUCAUUUCCAUGCUGCGCGCCUAUCCUGAUUACAUCUCAUUCGUGGAGCAAGCGUUUGGUAAUGGCGCGCAAAAAGGAGACGCAAAGCGUUAUCUUCCAGCAUCGCUCGAAUCCUGGACGCUCGCCAUGCCUGGCACGUAUGCGGCACCGACGCACAACGCACCAAAAGUGCACCUUUUGCAUUCUAGAGAGGAUGAGCUUUUGAGCGUAGGGCAGACCACAGAGGCUGCUGAGCAUCUUAAACGCUUGCUCGAGACCCGAGGCGGCUCCGUCACGGUCGACCUGGACAGCUACAAGGUGCGCCACAGAUACGAGAUGAGAAAGAUCUACAGGAGGCCCCUUUGCUAACAGAAACUGACCACAAAAUAUUCGCGCCGCAGGGCACCCAUGAUGGCAGCCUACAGACUGAAGCCUACUUCGAGACGCUGCUGAGCAUACUGAAGCAGGAGCACAUCUUGUAG